AUGGAAUCUACAUCCAUGGCUGUAGUGCCGUGUAUUACGGCUACAGUAAGCAGAUCGGAAGAUGCAGCAGUUUUAGUGGAUGCUCUGCCGUAUCUUGAUUCGGAUUAUACAGAAUCCGAUCGACAGAUGGCAAUGCAGAUGAUCGAAGACGAAUGUCGGGUUUUUCGUCCAGUUAAAAAUUAUCUGCAAAACAUGUCACCUCCUGAUUUUGACGUGUUUUUAACCCCUUGUCUGAUCAAAGAACACAUUAGAAUGUCGAAAAAGCAAGAAAUGCCAAAAUUAGAUAUGUCACGAUAUGAAUUAUCAUGUCCCUCAACAACAGGACGACAGGGUGAUAAAACUUCGUGGAGAAAAGCUAUUCGUAAUGCAGCUGCACAGAAUGAACAUUUAUUACUUCGUAAUAUUAAUUUGCAACUGAUGGAUGAGCAUGCGCCACCUGUUUAUCUUCGAUACAAUAAAGAACUGGAGACUAUGUUGCAUUGUGAAGAGAAAGAACUAAGGAAGCUUCGAGAAGAAGUAAUGGAAAUUCAUUCGAGACGGCGGAAAAGUCAGAUGGAAGCGGGAUUAAAACUGAAGGAUUUGGAGCAAAACUGGGUACAAAUGGUCACCAAAAAUUACAAGAUGGAACUUGCUUGCCAGGAACUAGCAGCAGAUAAUGAGGUGUUGGCCAAGAAAGCUAAAUUCAUUUCAUAG